AUGGCAUUUAGGAGGACAGAGGGAAUGUCCAUCAUGCAGGCCUUGGCCAUGACCGUGGCAGAGAUCCCCGUGUUUGUUUACACGACUUUUGGGCAGUCUGUGUUCUCUCAGCUGAGACUCUCUCCAGGCCUGAGGAAGGUGCUGUUUGCCACAGCCCUGGGGACAGUUGCCUUGGCUCUUGCGGCUCAUCAGCUGAAGCGCCGGCGCCGGCGGAAGAAGCAAAUCGCUCCCGAGAAAUGUGGAUUUAAACCAGGAGGGAUCACAGUGCCCAUCCUGCCAACCAGAAGGGUCUCCUCUGUGAAGAAAGGCUACUCCAGCAGGAGAGUCCAGAGUCCUGGCAGCAAGAGCAAUGACACCCUCAGCGGGAUUUCCUCCAUUGAGCCCAGCAAACAUUCCAGUUCCUCCCACAGCCUCACCUCGAUGGUGGCUGUCAACUCCUCCAGUCCAACACCCGCAGGAAUGUGGGACCCCCAGGCAAUGGGAGAUGCUGGAGCCAUGGGUGAUGCCAGUGCAGAAAGCCUCUAUGUUCAAGGCAUGGAACUGUUUGAGGAGGCCCUGCAGAAAUGGGAACAGGCACUGAGCAUCAGGCAGAGGGACAGUGCCAGUACCAGCACCCCUGUGCCCUGGGACAGCAGGAAACAGCAGGAGAGCAUAUCUGAGAACAUUUCAGAGGAGGAGUCCCAGAGAAGGGAGUUUGCUGAGAAGCUGGAGACCCUCCUGCACCGAGCCUACCACCUCCAGGAAGAGUUUGGAUCCUCCCUCCCCUCAGACAGCAUCCUGCUGGAUCUGGAGAAGACUUUAAUGCUCCCGUUGGAUGGAUCGCUGCGGCUCCGGACGGAUGAUGAGGACAGCUCAGCUUCGGAGGAUUCCUUCUUCUCUGCAGCAGAGCUCUUUGACUCUCUCCCCUUUGAGGAAAUGCCGUUCCACCUCUCCAGGCCAGUGGCAGCCUAUGAAGAAGCCCUGCAGCUGGUGAAGGAAGGGAAGGUGGCGUGCCGGACGCUGAGGACGGAGCUCCUUGGCUGCUACAGUGACCAGGAUUUCCUGGCGAAGCUGCACUGUGUCAGGCAGGCAUUCCAGGAGCUGCUGGAGGAUGAAAGCAAUCAACUGUUUUUUGGGGAGGUUGGGAAGCAGAUGGUGAUAGGACUGAUGACAAAGGCUGAAAAGAACCCCAAAGCUUUCCUGGAAAGCUACGAGGAGAUGCUGCGUUACGCAAUGAAACAAGAGACCUGGCCGACUACUCAGCAGGAGCUGGAGGGAAGAGGGGUGGUGUGCAUGAGUUUCUUUGAUAUUGUGCUGGACUUCAUCCUCAUGGAUGCCUUUGAGGACCUGGAGAACCCGCCCUCCUCCGUGCUGGCCGUGCUGCGCAACCGCUGGCUCUCCGACAGCUUCAAGGAGACGGCUCUGGCAACUGCCUGCUGGUCAGUUCUGAAAGCAAAAAGGAGGCUUCUGAUGGUACCAGAUGGCUUUAUCUCUCAUUUCUACUCCGUAUCGGAGCAUGUCAGUCCUGUUCUAGCCUUUGGUUUCCUGGGACCCAAGCAGCAGCUGUCUGAAGUCUGCAGUUUCUUCAAGCACCAGAUAGUGCAGUAUCUGAAGGACAUGUUUGACUUCGACAAUGUGAGGUACACGACGGUGCAGCUGCUGGCAGAAGACAUCCUGCAGCUGUCGCGGCGGCGCAGCGAGAUCCUCUUGGGAUACCUGGGCACCGAGAGCUCCCCGGAGAUGAACGGCACGCUCCCUGGGGACACAGAGCCGCUGAAGGAGGAGCUCAUCUGAUGUCAGGGGAGGAAAACGCUUUUUGUACAAGGACCUUUUCCUCCCAGAGGCGGAUAAAACUACCUACAGCGUGCAGCGGUGGCAGCGAGACUGUCUCGACACACCUGGCGGGACCUUCUGCUUUUUGUAGCCAGUAGUGUUUGCUGGGAUGGAUCCAGGACCACUUGCCAGCUUAUGGUUUGAAUUUCUUCUUUGUUCCACCUUCCUGUUCUUUUUAUUAUUAUUACUUUUAGUGUGUCAUAUAUACAUCGUGUCCUGAACUGCCUGGGCCCAGAUUUUUGCCCAUUCUCUCGAGUAGGGCAAACGUACGUUCCUGUUUUGCCUGUGUGUGUUUCCUGGGAGGUAAUCCCUGAUGUUUACGGUGUGGGAACAGGAAUGUCAUUAGCAAAUUCUCCAUUUGACCAUUAGCUUCUCAAGGAGGCUUUGCUUGCUUCGGGAUUUUUGUUACUGUUCCUCUCUGCUGUGUUCCUACAGACAUUAAUUACUGCUGGUUUUUACCUUCCCUGUGUUAACACAUGCAAUGUGACUAGUGAAGAUUUCUUUCCUAGGGAGGAAGAAAUAGUUCUGUAAAGCACUGUAAAGCACUGCAGUUCUGAAGCUCUAGGGAAGUUGGUCUGUUCCCUUGGUGUUGCUGCUCUUUGCAGACCAGAUGACAGGGUCUGUGCUGUGGUAAUCUUUGCUUAGGAGGUUGCUGAGGUCUGUGCUUGCCCCCAAGGCAAGUUAGCGUGAGGAGGGGAUUUGCAUCCUGCCUGUGCGUGCACAAAGUGUUUACCAUCCCUCCAAGUGCCUUGCUGGAUUUCAGGAUGAGCCAGCAGCAGGUGUUUGCUGGGUAGGAGCUGUGGGGUGUGUACAAACAGUGCAACGUGGUGCCUAUUGCUGUUAUGCACAAGGUGGUGAGAGGUGUGGAGGGUGGAUGUGUGCACAAAAGGGCUUGUGUGUGCAGAUAGUUGGAGAGCUGGGGUCAAGCUUCUAGAGAGGAAAUGACUCUGGGUAGUCUGUCAGUCCUAACAAACAGAGCAUAGUUUUGGGUGAUGAUGGAAGGGGUGUGUGUGUGUGUGUAUGAUGUGGUUCUGCUGGGGUUGGAUCCCCUCAAAUGCUGUGAUCCCGACUGCAUGGCCAGCACCUGGAAUCUGGCUGCUCUGGGAUGUGAGCUGAGUUGGACACUCGUGUGGGACAGCAGCAGUGGGUUGUGCUGGACUUGCAGAAUCACGGAAUAUGCUGAGUUGGAAGGGACUCAUCAGGAUCAUCGAGUCCAACCCCCGGCCAUGCACAGGACACCCCAAGAAUCCCGUCCUGUGCCUGGGAGCGUU